UAGUACAGGAUACAGAAGACAGAGGGCCAUGGCAUGGCAAGUAUUUAGUUUCAUUUCGUUAUUGAUCAGCACUAUUUCUGGACAAUUACAAUACUCAGUAACUGAGGAACUGAAGAAAGGAUCUGUAGUUGGGAAUAUUGCAAAGGAUCUUGGACUGAAUGUAAAGGAACUUGCAAUGAGAAAAUUCCAGGUGAUUGCUCAGCAAAAGAAACAUUAUCUUAAUGUGAAUUUGGAGACAGGUGAGUUAUUUGUGUCUGAAAUCAUUGACAGAGAAGCAUUAUGUGGGGCUAAACAGAGCUGUAUUUUGAACCUUGAAGCUGUCAUAGAAAAACCUUUGAAUUUUUAUACAGUUACUAUUGAAAUUCAGGAUGUGAAUGACAAUGCUCCUAUAUUUUCUGAUAAAUAUGUUGAUAUAGAAAUUAGUGAACUUACCUCACCUGGUGUACGCUUUGCACUAGGCACUGCUAAAGAUGCUGACCUAGGCACCAAUUCUGUUCAAACUUAUACACUUACAAGUUCUGAGUUCUUCAGCCUUGGAGAGAAACGUACUAAUGAUGGAAUUUUAUACCCAGAAAUUAUACUAGAAAAGUCACUUGACAGGGAAAGGCAAAGUUUCUAUGAAUUCGUUUUGACUGCUUUUGAUGGUGGGCAACCACCAAAAUCUGGUUCAGUGAUAGUUAAAAUUGAUGUUCAAGAUGUGAACGAUAAUUAUCCAAUAUUUUCCCAGGACAAAUAUCACAUACGAUUACAUGAAAAUGCACCUUUUGAUUUUGUACUGAUUAGUUUAAAUGCAACUGACAAAGAUGAAGGCUCUAAUUCCAAAAUCACCUAUGCAUUUAGCCAAAUUUCUGAAAAUGCCCAGCAAAUCUUUGUUAUGGAUCGUCAAAAUGGGGAUAUUAAAAUAUCUGGAAAUUUGGACUAUGAAACAUCAGACAGUUAUGAAAUGACUGUAGAAGCUAAAGAUGGAGGUGGACAUGUCACUCACUGCAACAUAUUAAUUCAAGUGAUCGAUAUAAAUGAUAAUGCCCCAGAAAUAACAGUCACUUCCCUCUCAUCAACAAUUCCAGAGGAUUCACCUCCAGGUACAGUCAUAGCGUUAAUCAAAAUUCAGGAUUUGGAUUCCGGAAUGAAUGGUGAAGUCACUUGUCAGAGCUCUAACACACUGUCCUUUAAACUAAUACCAACUUCUAGUAGUUAUUAUAAACUUGUUACUACAGCAAGCAUGGAUCGAGAAUUAAAUUCCAUUUACAACAUCACUGUUCAGUGUGGGGAUAAUGGAUCACCUCCUUUGGCAAGCAAUAAAAUUGUAUAUUAUUAUAUAUACAUUAUGCAAUAG